AUGGCCGGUGGUCAACAUCACCACAGAAUUAACAUGGAUAAAUACCAUCCAGGUUACUUCGGUAAGGUCGGUAUGAGAUACUUCCACAAGCAACAAGCUCAUUUCUGGAAGCCAGUCUUGAACUUGGACAAAUUGUGGUCCUUGAUUCCAGAAGACAAGAGAGACCAAUACUUGAAGUCUGCUUCCAAGGAAACUGCUCCAGUUAUUGACACCUUGGCUGCCGGUUACGGUAAGAUCUUGGGUAAGGGUAGACUUCCAAACGUCCCUGUCAUUGUCAAGGCUAGAUUCGUCUCCAAGUUGGCUGAAGAAAAGAUCAGAGCCGCUGGUGGUGUUGUUGAAUUGAUCGCUUAA